AUGCAGCCCAGGGAGAGCCAGGGCAAGGAGGUGAACAAGCAGGCGGUGUUCGAGUUCGAGUCGGCCGCCCGGCAGUUCAUGGUGAGCACCCUGCGCGUGGCCAAGAGCUUCCGCCCCAAGCAGCUCUGGGGGUUCUACCUCUUCCCCGACUGCUACAACCACGACUACAGCAAGAACAAGGAGAGCUACACCGGGCAGUGCCCAGAUGUGGAGAAGACACGCACCCACCAGCUGGCAUGGCUCUGGAGGGAGAGCAUGGCCCUCUACCCCUCCAUCUACCUCGACCUGCUCCUGGCAUCCCCCCCCAACAGCCGCAAGUUUGUGCGGGCGCGGGUGAUGGAGGCCAUGCGCAUCUCGCAGCAGCACCACGAUGGCUACUCGCUUCCCGUCUUUGUCUACACCCGGCCCACCUACAUCCGCAAGCUGGAUGUGCUCAGCCAGCUGGACCUGAUAUCCACCAUUGGAGAGAGCGCGGCGCUGGGUGCAGCUGGGGCCAUUUUCUGGGGUGAUGCAGACUACACCAAAAACCGGGACUCAUGCCAGAUCAUCAAGAACUACCUGGAGGGGGACCUGGGCCGCUACAUCGUGAAUGUCACGACGGCGGCACAGCUCUGCAGCACAGCACUGUGUCAGGGCCGGGGCCGCUGCCUGCGCCAGGACAGCACUGCUGAUGUCUUCCUCCACCUCAACUCCACCAGCUUCCAGCUGCGACGCCGGGAUGGGAACCACCCCCAGCGCCCCCUCUUCUGGGCCGAGGGCCAGCUGUCCUUGGCUGACACACUCUUCCUACGGACCCACUUCCACCAGCUCAUCGCCCGCCAGUCACCGGGUGUUGACUCUGCGCACUCCGCCCCAGCCGGGCCCGCCACCCAGAGGAACAAGGAGCUGUGGUGGCUCUGGGAGAGCAGCCGGGCGCUCUACCCCAGCAUCUACCUGCCCCCUCGCUUCACUGGCACCAACAAGGCGCUCGCCUACGUCCGGCACCGCGUGGCCGAAGCCUUCGCCGUUCAGCGUGGCAUCCUCAAUGACGGCAUCCCCGUCCUGCCCUACUCCCAGAUCGCCUUCGACUGCACCGUCGACUUCCUCUCCCAGGUGCUGGGGAUGAGGACCUGA